AUACGGCCAACCCGACCUUGCGUCCUCCCCCGUCGUCGUCAUCACCGAGGAGAGUAAAGGACCCUACCCGACUUGUCCACUCUUUCUUUCUGCCUUCUCCCCCCCUUGCCUCGUCUUGGACCUGGCCUCGCCCUACUUUUUCUCUGCGCGAUCCACGACCACCAGAAAAAAACAGUAACAAUGGCCGAUUCGCCGAGGAUCGGUCGUACCGACUCUAUUGCCUCGCAGGAGUCAGGGAGCAAGACCACAGAAAAGAAGAAGAGCCGCAGGCCAGCGAACACGGCAUUUCGCCAGCAGCGGUUGAAGGCCUGGCAGCCCAUCCUGACACCCAAAACUGUGCUUCCCUUAUUCUUCUCGAUCGGCAUCAUCUUCGCGCCCAUAGGAGGUCUACUUCUUUACGCAAGCGCCCAGGUGCAAGAGCUUGUGAUUGACUACACCAAGUGCACAGCGGAGGCACCCAACAGCACCGACUUCAGCUCCGUCCCCUCCAAGUACAUCUCGUCCCAGUUCAAGAACAAGACCGACCUCACGAUCCAGUGGCGCCAAGAGCCGAUCAAUGUCACCUUUGAUGGCGUCACAAACACCACCCAGAACUGCAUCGUGCAGUUCCAGAUUCCCGAGGACAUGACCCCGCCGGUUCUGUUCUACUACCAGCUCACAAACUUCUACCAGAACCACCGGCGCUACGUCCAGAGCUUCGACGCCAACCAGCUGAUCGCCAAGAGCGGGCAUAUCAACAAGGGCAUCAGCUCCGACUGCGAGCCGCUCGAGAAAGACACCGACGGGUUACCCUACUACCCGUGCGGGCUCAUCGCCAACUCCAUCUUCAACGACACCUUCUCGAACCUCACGGCUGUCGGCUCGAGCGGCAACAACUACACCAUGACUGAGAAGGGCAUCGCCUGGGACUCGGACAAGUCCCUGUACAAGGACAUUCCGUCCGACUUUGACCUGUCUCUAGUGGCCGUCCCGCCGAACUGGGCGGUUCGGUACCCCAACAACUACACGACGAGCAACCCCCCUCCGAACAUCGCCACGGAUGAGCACUUUAUCGUAUGGAUGCGUACUGCAGCGCUGCCGGAUUUCAGCAAGCUGUACAUGAGGAACGAUGAUGACACGCUUACCAAGGGAUUAUAUCAGGUGGAGAUUACCAACUGGUUCCCAGCGGACAUAUACAAGGGCACCAAGUCGAUUGUCCUCAGUACCCGGACAGUCCUGGGCGGCCGGAACCCUUUCCUGGGCAUUGCAUACGUCGUUGUUGGUGGAAUAUGUAUCCUCCUCGGCGUGCUGUUUACGGUGACCCACCUGCUUAAGCCGAGGAAACUCGGCGACCACACGUAUCUCUCUUGGAAUAACGCACCGGCAUCGAAGUCAGGCGGCCCCUCCACGGCCAUGGCGACGGGACGCGACCUCGGACCACAAGGUCAGGCCUAGGCGGCCCAUUCACGUGGGCUUGGCAGCGAGACCAACAUGCCUCCCGACAGCCAACCCCUUCUGGCUGGCUCACCUAUCCUGCCACGAGUAUGGAGCCCAGACUCGGCGACGGAUGAGUCCACAUCCAUGUCCCUGAGCAGGGCCGUCACCACGCUGGACUUCAUCUCCAGGCCGGACCCUGCCGUUCCUGGGCCAAGCUCCCAGAAGCGAAGGACUUGAAAGGGGGAGAAUAAGAAUUCGAAAAGUCGGGAUGUGAAGGAAGGUUGGAUGGCGGGCUGUUGCUGCCUGGCCGGCGCGGUUUUGUCAUGUUGUGUACGAUUAAAGUCCUUUGUUUGUGUUUCGAUCCCAUUUGCAUCACUGCCUGAAAAAGGGAGAGAAAGAGAGAGGAGAGAGAGGUGAUUGUUUCCUCUUUCUUGAAGAAGGUUUUCUGUUUCGUUGUCUUUCACCUCGCUACAUAUACCUACGACUUGACCACUUGGCCUGUUUUUGCUGUGCUACAGAUACCGCUAUAGAAGUGGAGGUGGGUGGUGGUGGGGUCCGACGUCGUCGUUGUCAUCCGUCUGCUUCUUUGAUGAGAUUGCUUGCAAGAUUGCUUGGGCAUGGAACGGGCGGGGAAUAAGGCAAAGGGGCCAAAGGCAUGUAAUGCUAGCUGGCAGGUGUUGAGGCGUUUGAUAAUAUCUUCUUGAUAGUCGUAUAGGAAUGAGAACAGUAAAGCACAUUAACAAUG